AUGCAUUUCUCAACAAUAAUAUCAAUUGCUACCCUCUCUUCGUUAUUCUAUUCCGCCCUAGCAUGCGAGUCGUGUAGUGGGUCCGCAAAGAAACUACACCGCCGUGAAGCGGAAGGUGGGGAGGGUGGAGAGCCAGCAUUCUCAUAUCUCGGUCUUACUGGACCCGUCGAUUGGAACCAGUUUGAAGGCGCCCAAGCAUGUGGUGAUGGAAAGACCCAGUCCCCAAUCAACGUUGUAUCGACAAUGAACACAACUUCUGCCGGAGACAUUGGGGACUAUGCAGAUAUCGGUGCUAGUGGAUUCAACUUUACCAAUACUGGUCAUACAGUCGAAGUUUUCUAUAGGGGACAACCCGCAGUCUUGGGUGGUGUGGAAUAUGAACUUCAGAGAUUCCACUUCCAUACACCCUCUGAGCACAGAUUAGACAAUGAAUGGUUCCCAAUGGAGGUUCACUUUGUUCAUCAAGGUCGAAAUGAUCCAAACAGAUUGGCUGUCGUCGGUCUCUUCAUUGAUACUAAUGAAGAAAAUACAUCGGACCCAAUGAUGAGAAGACUCGCUACUCUUCUCCAGUCGAUCGAAAACCCCGGCGACACCGUCGUUGCCACCCACGUUCCUCUUGCUGGUGUUCGUACCGGUAUCACUGGUGCUAAGAAGUAUACUUACCCUGGCUCCCUCACCACUCCUCCAUGCACUGAGGGAGUGACAUGGUAUGUCAGUAAUACCAUUCUCGACGUCUCAAUCGCCGACUACAAGAUCUUCAAGCGAGUUCUUGGUUACAACUCUCGAAAUCUCCAAACCGGCCCUGGAAAGCAAAACGUUGUCGAAUUUGCUGCCCAGUUCCUUCCUGCCGUUGCCGAGCGAGCUGCUGCUAAGAAACAGAAGAGGACUGCCAGGCGGUUCGCUGCAUAA